AUGGAAGAUAUUGCCAUCAUCGGACUUGCGUUGCGGUUCCCAGGCGAUGCUACUUCGCCGCAGAAGCUUUGGGAUGUGCUGGAGCGGAAAGAGUCCCAAUGGUCGGAGUUCCCCAAAGACCGUCUCAACAUCGACGGCUACUAUCACCCAAGCAAUGACAGGCUCGGGAGCCUCUCGUUCCGGGGAGGGCACUUCUUGAAGGACGAUAUCAGUGCCUUUGAUGCUCCAUUUUUCUCGAUACCUACAGAGGAAGCAAACGCAGUUGAUCCUCAGCAGCGUAUGCUUCUCGAGAUCUCGUACGAAGCUCUUGAAAACGCUGGUAUCCGCAAAGAGGAUAUUGAUGGCAGUGAUGCUGCUGUCUACGUGGGAUCAUUUGUGAAGGACUACGAGUACAUUAGCCUCCGCGACCAGGAUUGGGGGCCGAAGUAUGCCGCAACAGGGAAUGGGAUUGCCAUUAUGUCCAAUCGGAUAUCUUAUUUCUACAACUUGCAUGGUCCCAGCAUGACGGUAGACACGGGCUGCAGCUCAAGCCUUGUUGCCGUUCACUUGGCUGCUCAGAGCCUUCGAAAUGGCGAGGCGUCGUUGGCUCUGGCUGCAGGCACCGGCAUGAUCUUGUCUCCCGAGACUAUGUUGCCGAUGACGGCGCUGAAUUUCCUUAGCCCAGACGGGAAGUGCUUUACGUUCGACUCUCGUGCAAACGGCUACGGGCGAGGCGAAGGAAUUGGUGUUGUGGUCAUGAAGCGUCUGUCAGAUGCCAUUCGCGACAACGAUACCAUUCACGCAGUCCUGAGAGCCAGCUGUGUGAACCAGGAUGGCCGCACCAAAGGUAUGCCAGAGCUGUUGUUCAGGAACAUCGUCGAUUUUUCGCGACAGAGAUUGCCAGUAGGCAUUACCUUUCCCAGCGGGGACGCUCAAGUUUCCAAUAUUCGUGCUGUCUAUAAUUCGGCAGGCCUUGAUUUCGCCCAGACCGGCUACAUCGAGUGCCAUGGCACGGGGACACAGGCAGGUGACUGGCAAGAACUCCAAGCCAUCUCCCAGACCAUUGCGUCGGCUCGCACUGUUGACAACCCUGUCAUGGUGGGCUCUGUGAAGACGAACAUUGGCCACCUGGAAGGGGCAGCUGGGAUUGCUGGCUUGAUCAAGGGAGUCUUGGCUUUGGAACGGGGCCGUGUACCACCAAACAUCAACUUCAUCAAAGGAAAUCCCAAGAUUGAUUUUGAGAAUUGGAAGGUCAAGGUCCCGACGGAAGUAAUGGACUGGCCCAUUCCCGGCAUUCGUCGUGUCAGUGUCAACUCCUUUGGGUUUGGUGGUACGAAUGCCCAUGUCGUUGUAGACGAGGCGCCGGGCUAUCUUGCGACAAAGGGGCUGAACGCAAGUCACUCCUCCACCGACAUUGUACCAUCACGAACUGAUGCGGCCUUGGCCGAGGGAACCCCCGAAGCGCGGUUGUUUUGUUACUCUGCAAGCGACAAUGCCGGUGUUUCUCGCAUCAUGAAGUCACACGCUCCAUUCAUCGAAUCGAUUCGAGAAAAUACUGGAGAUUCUUUGCGCAACUACUCCUAUACCCUUGGUUGUCGCCGAUCCAACCUCGAGUGGAAGGGAUUUGUUGUGGCUGAAUCUGCGGAUGACCUCCUGGGAAAGAUCGAUGGCUUCAAGACGAGCUCCGUUGCUCGCUCGUCGCUCAAGAAGCAGUCCAAGCUAGGCUUCAUCUUCUGUGGGCAGGGCGCCCAGUGGGCGGAAAUGGGCAAAGACCUCAUGUCCUUUCCGGUGUAUAGCACCAGUCUCAAGGAGGCCAGCUGCUUCUUGCAGCUUGGGCUGGGGGCUCGAUUCGACCUUUUGAAGGAGAUUCUCAGGGGUGCUGGGGACACGCGCAUAUCCGAUCCCGAGAUUUCACAGCCCGCAACAACUGCUCUGCAAGUUGCCCUGGUCGAUCUUCUCAAGUCUUUCGAUGUCCAGCCCCAGUAUGUGUUGGGACAUUCUUCGGGCGAGAUUGCGGCUGCCUAUGCCUCAGGGGCUAUAUCGCGAUACGACGCGUGGAGAAUUUCCUACUUUCGUGGCUUGGCCGCGGCGAGCAUUCCAUUCCGGGCUUCGAAGCUGAAGGGGGCCAUGAUGGUCAUUGGAAUGUCGACUGAAGAAGCUUCAGCGUAUCUCGCCAGGAUCAACAAGUCUGCGCAAAUCGCCUGCAUAAACAGCCCACGAUCGAUUACGAUAUCUGGACAAGCCGACGCCAUUGAGUACAUUGCUCGCGAUCUGACUCAAAAGGACAUAUUCAACAGGAUUCUCAACGUCAAGGUCGCAUAUCAUUCAUCCCAUAUGAAACUUGUCGAGGACGACUAUGUUGCCGCUCUUGAAGAUGUUGCCACCCACGAUUGCCUCGAGGGCGUCACGAUGUUCUCUUCUGUCACCGGCAAGCCAAUCCGGGGAAGCGAGUUGAACGCCAGGUAUUGGGCAAAGAACAUGGUUUCUCCCGUUCAGUAUGUCGCGGCAGUUCAGUCGCUCAUGGACCUUCCGGUGGAUGGUCAGCCCGACCUUUUGAUUGAACUCAGCCCCAGUGCAGUUCUCCGGUCGCCCACAACUGACGUUAUCGCCACGCUGAAGAGUGCUGCUAGCCCGGAUUACCAUUCCGCCCUUGAGCGAAGGAAGAACGGGUGUGUAACCCUACUCAAUCUUCUUGGUUCCUUGUGGUCCAGGGGCUAUCCUGUCAACAUGAAGAUGGUCGUCUCAAGGGGCGAGCGAGAGGAUUCCUUGAGGUGUCUUUCUAACCUGCCGUCCUAUUCCUGGGAUCACCGAAAAACAUACUGGCACGAGGCUGAGAUGAGUCGUGUGAGCCGUAUGAGGGAGUAUCCUAGGAUGGAUCUCAUCGGUGCCAGAGAUCUGGACUCCAUGACAUCCUUCGAGCCCAAGUGGAGAGGGUUUCUGCGCAUCUCAGAAAACCCAUGGAUCAAAGACCACCAGGUACAGAAAACAGUCGUCUAUCCUGCCGCAGGCAUGGUUGCAAUGGUAUUGGAGGGAGCAGCACAGCUAGCCAAAGGCGCCGAGGAUCUCCUUGCCUAUGAGCUCACGGAUAUGAGCAUUGAGAAAGCCAUGACGAUUCCCGAUACCGCCUACGGAUUAGAAGUAUCGCUCAGUCUCAGGAACGACCAAGCCAAUACGGAUGAUGGCGGCAAGAUUGGAGCCAGGUCAUUUGCCAUUUACUCUCGACUUCAAGGUCGAUCAUGGGAGCGGCAUGCCAAGGGUAUUCUACAGUUUCAUUAUCGGGCGGGAAAUUGGCAGGGUGCUUUUCGAUCGUACGAAGACCGCCAUCGAACCAUGAGCAAUUGUUGUAACAAGGCGAUCAUUCCACGGCAGCUUUACGAACACCUUGACUCCGUCGGGAUGAACUAUGGACCAUUGUUCCAGAACAUUGCAGAGGUUCGCACAUGCGAUGGCUACUGCGUGAGCAGAGUCAGGAUUCCAGAUACCAAAUCCAAAAUGCCCUGCAAGUUUGAAUACCCACAUCUUCUGCACCCGGCCACUUUAGAUGCCAUGAUCCAGACUCUAUUGGCUAUCAAAUCGGUGCCCAUGGUGCCCGUUUCCAUCAAGAGGCUUUACGUGGCCGCAAAUCUGGGUGGUGCAUCAUCAGGUGCAGAUUUCACUGGUUACUCGUCAGUUACUGCAGCUGGCAUCCAAAACGCAGAGGCAACCAUCUUCAUGAAGCAGGAAUCGAUAGACUACGCACACGUCGUCAUUGAAGGCUUGAGAUUGGCCGCAUUGCCCACCCCAUCGCCCGAGGAGGGGGGAUUCUUGCCCAGCAAUCGCAAUCUUUGCAGCCAGAUCAUAUGGAAAGAGGAUGCCGUCUUCGCAAGGCCGAGCUCAUACGGCGAACAGGUUGCUCUUCUUGCCCACAAGUACUCUGGUCUGUCGAUACUCCAGAUCGGCGGCAGUUACGAGCUCUCACAGGCAACUCUAGAAGCAGUCAGCCCGGAUCCAGAUGCGACACCCCAGCUCCUGCGGUAUACCAUCCUAGCGGGAGACGGUGAUGAUGUCGCUUCGAGACUUCUUUCCUCUGUGAGAGACACGCCGCUGCAGCCUUUUGUGGAAGAAGUCUCUGACAUAGCGGUCAUCAGAAGUGACUAUCACUUGAUUGUGACUUGUCACAAUGUCGAGACUGAUUUCAGUAUCCUAGAAACGAGAUUGAAGGAGGGCGGUGUUCUGUUGAUGCAAACCACUCCCGUUGAGAGGCCAAAGGAGCAGCCAUUGGGCGACCCCAAAAGUACUUCAGGUGCCCAAGACAUUGGUAGUAUGCAAAGGAUCGUCAAUCACCAGAUGAUGAGAGAGCGUGGUCAAGAUGCGCACUUGAUUGAGGGCGCUGGCGGACUCCUCUUGGAGGCUUAUAGGAAGACCCAGCUGUUUCACCUCACCGGUCCCAUCGUCGAAUCAAAGAGUGUCUCAUCCACCAUCUCCUUCAUGAAUGUCGACGAGGCCUUGAAAGAACCAUCUGCUCUCCAUGGCAGGACAGUCAUCUCUCUGCUCGAGUUCUCUGGCAUUCAGCCUCGCGACUAUUCCAUUUUUGAUUGGAAGGAGGAAGACUUCAACUGCUUUAAGGGCAUAUUGGCCCACGCGCGCCAUGUAUUCUGGAUUACUCGAGGAGCUGUCAUGACCUGCGAGAAUCCGCGUGGAAGCCCCAUCAACGGACUCGCAAGGACACUAAUCUCUGAAGACCCCCUGAAUUCGAUUGUCACCUUUGACUUGGCAGGGGACUCAAAACUAGAUGAUCCUGUCAUCGUUGACAACGUCUUGUCCCUGCUUGAUGCGGCGUUUGGGUCAAAGCUACUACCGGUGCAGGAUACAGAGUUUGCCGAGGAUAGCGGAAGGAUCUACGUUCCCCGUCUCAGUACCUUACGGUCAAUGAACCGCAUUAUUGAAGGCGAGGUUUUGGCUGGAAGAGUCUCUCAGAAGCCGUUCAGCGGUAGCCAAGGCCUUGAGCUCACAAUCGGCGCCCCGGGCAUCAACGACGACAACUUGUUCUUCAUCGUAUCAGACAAGACAAACCUUGGAGCAGACGACGUUGAGAUCGCGUUCAGCGAAGCUAAUCUGUCACUUCUGGAUGUCGAGACUGUCCUUGGAAGGACCCAAAAGUCGACUGUUGGAGCCGACGUCAGGGGCCGGAUUACUCGGCUUGGUAGUCACGUCAAGGGCUUGUCUAUCGGUGACAGUGUUGCCGCCCUGGUCCCUGGCGGCUCGUUUCGGAACUUGUUGCGGGUUGAGUCGCGGUUUGUCAAACACGUCGAACCCGACAUUGCCCCAAGUUUCCUCGUCAGCGCCUACUUUGCACUCAUCCAUGUUGGAAGGGUCCGGCAAGGCCGCAGGGUGUUGGUCCAUGCCGGCGCCAGUGGUUUUGGCCUCGUCGCGGUUGAUUUGGCUGUCGCUAUCGGGGCUGAAGUUUUUACUACUGUCGUCGGCCCGGGUGCUGAUCUACAACGAGAGACUUUGGAACGGCAUGGUGUCGCAGAGGAUCAUAUUCUGGAAGCUGAUUCCGGACUCUUUGUGGCCACGAUACUGGGCGCUACAGAUGGUAAUGGUGUGGAUUGCGUGUACAAUCCAACCUUGAAAGCGUUCGAUGAGGGGUUUGCCUGUGUCCGAAAGUGCGGUAGCAUUGUGCAGUUCGCGAGGGAGGCCGCAGGUCCGACAUCGACCCGUAUGCCUCCGACGUCUGUGACUGUGGCUACUUGGGAUCUUCAUCAACUCCUUGCAGAGGAUCCGGAUUUUGUGGCAGAACUCUUCGAUCUGGUCAUUCGGUACAUCCAGAAUAUUGACUUCAAGCCAUCCUUAUCCGCAGAGCUCAACCAAGUAUUCGACGUUGGCUCGUUGACAGAUGCACUACUAUACUUCCAGCAAACGCCAUCAGUUGGUCUCGUCACGGUGACCGCAGCUAAGGAUGGGUCAAGCACAGUCCGCGUCUUGAAUGAUCACACCACAAAGCCUCUUCAAGAGUCUCUUGACCCAGAGGGAACAUACUUGCUUGUCGGUGGUCUCGGUGGACUCGGCCGGAGCAUAGCUGAGCUUCUAGUACAGAGCGGUGCGCGACAUUUGGCCUUCAUUUCGCGAUCUGGCGCGUCCUCGGAUGCAUCAAGAUUAUUCCUCGAAGGGUUGCAAUCAAGAGGAGUGAACGCGCAGGCUUAUGCAGUGGACAUAUGCGACAGAUCUGAUCUCGAUCGCGUCAUCGAGGAUGCCGUUACGGUCGAUAUGCCGCCGAUCCGCGGCGUGUUUUAUUGUGCUGCAAUACUCAGGGACUCUGUUUUCAAUAACAUGACUUUUGAAGAUUGGCACACAGCCAUCCGGCCAAAAACAGUCGGCUCCUGGAAUAUAUAUCACAGCAUAUCGGCUGCGGGCCACGACCCCUUCCACAUCUUCCUUGCCAGUUCGUCGGGCAUCAUCGGCAACCGUGGACAGGCCAACUACGCUGCGGGCAACUGUUUCGAAGACUCGUUUGCGAGGCUUCUCAGGCAGCAGGGGAAACAUGCCGUGGCCCUGGAUCUCGGCCCAGUCUUGGGAGCCGGCAUGCUUGCCGAGAAUGAAGCUAUCCUGGAUACGCUGCGAUCCAACGGCUUCUUUGGCAUUCCGCAUGGAGACUUCCUCACGGUUGUCAAGCAUGCGAUAACGGGGGAGAUGGAGCCGGGAGAGCCUAUUCCGCCACAAGUCACCGUGGCUGUCGGCACAGGAGGCAUGAACGCGCAAAUCAACGCGGCGGAUCCCUACUGGACUCGCACCGCUCUCUACUCCUAUCUCAACCUGGUGGACAUUGCCCCGCCGAAUCUCCUUGUCGGCGGCGAUGCAAGCAAGAAAGACAUGAGGGCCAUGCUGGCUGCAGCCGCAAGCUUUGACGAAAUUUCGGCCAUUAUCAGCGACGGACUCGCUGUGAUGCUGGCCAAGACGAUGAACAUGCUGCCGUUUGAGAUUGACAUGAGGAAGUCGCUCAACGCCUAUGGCGUGGAUUCUCUGGUGGCUGUCACUAUUCGAAACUGGAUCCUGAAUAACUGCGGCGUUCAGGUUUCUGUGUUUGAUAUCCUCAGUGAUUUGUCUAUUGCAGACAUGGCGAAUAUGAUUGCGGAGAAGGGGGGAUAUGGGGGAGACAAGUCGCAGUGA